AUGUCAUCAAGCAAUACAGUCUCAAAGCCCCCAAUCAAGCUACGGCGCAUGCCGCAACAGUCAGCAGUUUACGAUCCCGAUGAAGAUUGGACGGGUGUAACCAGCUCGGCGUUACGGCGGAGAAUACAAAAUCGCCUCAACCAGAGAGCCUAUCGGGCGCGUCGAGUGGAGCGUGCUCAAAUUGGAAAGCAGAUGAACAAUUCGCCACAAAGACAUGGUACUGAAGAUACUACUACUUCUACACUUAUACAUAAUCAUCCAAGCUCACAAACAACCGCCAUAAUAUGUACAUUGUCUGACGCGCAGCAUGUGCACUGUACAUUUGCUCCUCCGAAUGUGCAUUCACUUAUGACCGAUCUCGAAAAAAGAGCCCUAGAGGGUUAUCUAAGUGGAUCACCAAAGACAGAUCUCCUUAUCAGUCUGAGCAGGCUUAAUGUCCUGAAAGCAGCCUAUGAAAAUGUCCUUGCUAUGGGGAUGACCGCUGAGUGGCUGUGCGGAGACGAAAUAACUUCCAUAUUCAGCCUGCAAGGCCCCCAAUUUUCUGAAGACAAAAUUCCUAUCAGCCUGCGCCCAACCGCGUUGCAGCGAUCAACUCCACACCAUCCAUGGCUCGAUGUUUUUCCAUUCCCGCGAAUGCGUGAUAAUUUGAUUCGUGCAGGAGAUCAUCUUAACGAUGAUGAGUUGUGUCAUGAUCUCACGGCCUUUUGGGACACGCGCACUAGCCAUGCGAGAUUACUAGUGUGGGGAACGCCAUCUUGUCCGGAAAAUUGGGAAGUUACCGAAGACUUUGCUAAAAAAUGGGGUUUCUUUCUGCAGGGUUGUCCUGCUAUUCUUGCUUCUACCAAUGCUUGGAGGGUACGACGAGGUGAAAGACCCUUGGUUUGGAAGAGAAUAUUUGGCAUAUUUUGA